AUAAGUAUAUAUACAAGUAAACUGUAAUGGUUAUAUAACUGUUGCGCUGAUAAAACAAAAUGGUGAAUAGAAAAAUGAGAGAACAGAAUGCAUCUUAACAGACCGAAAAAUGCAUGUCGCUUGAAGUGACAAAAUUCAUGUAUUUUGCUGUCAAGCAGCGUGCCCGUAUACAUAGACGCGAAUCACGUCUCUGACUCGAUUCUUGUAUGCCUGUAUAACGCAUGAGAUAGAUACUGUGAAUCAAGCAUGCCUGAAUUGUAAAAAUAGAUUAGUCUUGGGACACUACACAUUUUUCUCUUUUAACUCUGAGAUAAUUGAAAGUUAAAGUUGAAGGUGUCUACACUAUAAAGUUAAUAUUCCAACAGAAUUUCAAUUCUACCUGUAUCAUGGUGAACAGUAGUGCAGGAUAAUGCAGCUAUGCAAUAAGAUAGUCGUGUACAAAGCAGAUUCUAAACUAAACUUAUUAAAACUUAUUACAUGUAUUCGGUUGGCACGCAACUGUAAAGGAAAUAUUGAAAUUCAACAACCUAAAGAUUAUGAACAAUUAAAUCGUUUUUCUAUUAGAAAUUGAUUAAAGGACACUUUCCAACACAGAUCGUAAAUCUAUCUUAUGUUGUCAUCGUAAAGGCGGGAACAGAUUUUUCAUUGGUUUUCUUACGCGAAUUACUAUUGGUGCUUUAACUUUAAGUGAUGUCGAAAACAUCACUUAACUUCUCACUUAACUUUUAGCCAAUAGAAUUCCUUAAAGCUCCUUUAACUUUUGUAGUGUAGACAAGACCUAAUUUCUCAUGAAUAUAAUCAAAAAAAAGAAGAAUUAAUAAAAAAAAAAAGAACAAGACUAAGAUAAGUAUCAGAAGGUAUGUUAAUUAAAAAUCAAAAGAUUGCACCACGAAAAAUAAUAAAAGUAGAUUAGUUAAAUAGAAGAGUGAUAUUUACCUGGGAUGAUACUUUGUUGAUGAACUAACUGUCUUGUAUAAUCGCCUCAAAGUACCCAAGUGAAAAACGAAAACUCUACUUGUUAGGAUCAGUGUUUUUAAUAGGAAUUUUAAGCAAAGUGGGUUUUCCCAGUUUACCACUGCAUUUUCCAUGUUUUCCCUGCUAAAAACAAAGUAGCAACCCAUUUUGGUCAAGCGAGACCCACUAAUCAUUAAAAACACUGGUUAGAAUGAUAAAAAAAUAAUUUAUGUGACUAUUACUCUCUUCUCAAUUAGGCAGACCGCAACUAAUAGAAUUACACUGAUAUGAUUUUUAUUUUUAUUUUGUAUCUCCUAGAUUGCAGCCAUGGAUGAUUCAACAACCUUAAACCGUUCGAAAUUUUCUACAACAACUACAACAUAUCCUAACAAUAUGACUAUCGAAUCAAUUGUGCCUGAUCGAUCUUGGUUUUAUGAUGGUCAUUUAUUUCUUCAAACUACUGGUUGUCAAACGAUCGCUGGAGCAUUUACAUGGGCCGCUAUAUUGAUCACAGGACAUCAGAUUUAUUGUCAUUUACGGUACUAUAAUGUACCAAGUGAACAAAAAUGGAUUAUUCGUCUUCUAUUCAUUGUUCCAAUUUAUUCCUUUGUCUCUUGGCUCAGCUUGGUUAUGUUUAAUAACGAAAGUUAUUAUGUUUAUUUUCAUGCCAUCAGAGAUUGCUAUGAAUCAUUCGUCAUCUACAGUUUUUUGAGUCUUUGCUAUGAAUAUUUGGGUGGUGAGUCAGCGAUUAUGGCUGAAAUUAGAGGCAAAAAUAUCGAGCGGAGUUGGUGGUAUUGUACAUGUUUUUUAUCAAAUAGAGAAUAUACAAUCGGGUUUUUAAGAUUUUGUAAACAAGCAACAUUACAAUUUUGUUUGAUUAAACCCAUCAUGGCUGUUGUAACGUUAAUACUACAAGCAUUUAAUCAUUACCGGGAUGGAGAUUUUAGUGCCAAAUCUGGUUAUUUGUACCUGACAAUCAUUUAUAACAUCUCCGUUAGUUUAGCUUUGUAUGGUCUCUUCUUAUUUUAUGCAGCCACAAAAUCAAUUUUAAGAAAAUAUGAUCCCGUAAUUAAAUUUCUUACCGUAAAAUCAGUCAUAUUUCUAACAUUUUGGCAAGGUGUUCUUUUGGCCAUUCUUGAACAACUACAAAUCAUCCAGGCAUUUCAAGGAGCAACACGUUUAAAUGUCGGAACAGUAGCUGCUGGUUGGCAAAAUUUUUUGAUUUGUAUUGAAAUGAGUUUAGCAGCAAUUGCUCUUCGUUUUGCAUUUCCUCAUCAUCCGUACAUGUCUGAUUCAGCGUAUUCAUCAACAAUAGCCAUUAAUAGUCUUUAUUCCUCAUCUGGUGGUACAGAACGUCCAGCAACGAUGCAUAGCAUUUCGUCAAAUUUAAAAGAGACAAUGAAUCCAAAAGAUAUUAUGCACGAUGCUAUACACAAUUUUCAUCCGCAAUAUCGAAACUAUACACAAUAUAGUUCAUAUGUAAGUAGUUAG